AUGACAGUGGGAACACUUCUGGCUACCAAGGGCCUUUUUCUCUCAGCUUCUUUCACCCUGAGAGCUUCUCAUCCCCCCUCGCACAGAAACUCGAACACGUGGUUCACAUCAGGGCUGAUUAGGGAAAAGAAGGCAACGAGGAAUCGCACGCGUUCCAAAACCGGUGGUCUUUAUAUGCUUUUUCUCUUUUACUGCUUGCGCGGUUUAUCCUUCUCAUUCUGUCAGAAUGUAUCUAUCUAUCUAUCUAUCUAUCUAUCUAUCUAUCUAUCUAUCUAUAAGCAUUUUCAUUAUCUAUCUAUCUAUCUAUCUAGGCAUGUGAAUUCUCUCUGUCUCUCUCUCUCUCUGUCUGUCUGUCUGUCUGUCUGUCUAUACAUUCUUGUCACUCUUUCACCAUCCUUGACUUCUUUCUUUCUUUCUUUCUUUCUUUCUUUCUUUCUUUCUCUCUAUCAUAACCCCUUUUCAUUUCUCCCUCUGUCGCUAUCGCUGCCUCUUUUCAUAUCUAUCUAUCUAUCUAUCUAUCUAUCUAUCUAUCACAACUUCUUUUCAUCUCUCUCUCUUUCUCUCUCUCUCUCUCACUCUGUGUUUAUCUAUCUAUUUAUCUAUCACAACACCUUUUCAUAUCUACUUCUGUUGGUUGAUGUAUGUAUGUAUCUAUCUAUCUAUCUAGCUAUCUAUCACAACCCUUUUCCCCCUCUCUCACUCCUUUUCUCUCUCUCUCUCCCCCUCUCUCCCUCUCUCUGUGUCUAUCUAUCUAUCACAACCCCUUUUCAUAUCUCUCUCUCUCUCUGUCGCCUCUUUUCAUAUCUAUCUAUCUAUCUAUCUAUCUAUCUAUCUAUCUAUCUAUCUAUCUAUCAAAAUCUCGUUUCAUAUCUAUCUAUCUAUCUAUCUAUCUAUCUAUCUAUCUAUCUAUCUAUCUAUCACAACCUCUUUUCAUACCUCUCUCUCUCUCUCUCUCUGUUUAUCUAUCUAUUUAUCUAUCCCAGCACCUUUUCAUAUCUACCUCCUUUAGUCGAUGUAUGUAUGUAUGUAUCUAUCUAUCGUAGUCCCUUUCAUAUCCAUCUAUCUAUCUAUCUAUCUAUCUAUCUAUCUAUCUAUCUAUCUAUCUAUCUAUCUAUCUAUUUACCUAUCACAACCCUUUUUCAUCUAUCUCUCUCUCUGUCUAUCUAUCUAUCACAACCCCUUUUCAUAUCUCUCUCUCUCUCUCUCUGUCGUAGCCCCUUUUCAUAUCUAUCUAUCUAUCUAUCUAUCUAUCUAUCUAUCUAG